CGUCGCGGCGGCCGACUCAGCACGCCGUCGUAAGCAAUCGGCGCUUCUGCGGAGGGAUUGUCACCACUAUGUUCAAUAGCAUACGCGUAUAAACUCUUCGUAGUUGUAGCCUUUAAAGGGACGAAUUCGUAAUAGUUCGUAACUCGAUAAAGGAAGAAUAGAUGUUGCCGCUACAUGCCGACGACAAGGAAUAUCGAGCACGGCGUUCGUUGCGUUUCAAGGAGCGUGUCCAAGGAUGGCUCAGGCUGAUAUUCUCGGAUGCGUCGUCGAGGAAUCUUUUUCUCUUCCUGCUCCUCAACCUGUCGUUCGCAUUCGUCGAGCUACUCUACGGAGUAUGGACCAACAGCCUGGGCCUCAUCUCCGACUCUUUCCACAUGUUCUUCGACUGCACUGCGCUGCUGGCCGGUCUCGCCGCUUCAGUCAUUACAAAGUGGCGGGCCAACGAGAGGUUUUCCUAUGGGUAUGUGCGUGCCGAAGUGCUUGCCGGUUUCGUCAACGGGCUGUUCCUCCUGUUCAUUGCGUUCUUCAUCUUCUCGGAAGCGGUCGAGAGGGCCAUCGAGCCCCCUGAGGUGAAGCACGAGCGACUGUUCCUGAUUUCCGUCUUGGGCCUGCUCGUCAACUUUGUGGGCAUUUUCGCGUUCCAACACGGGCAUUCUCACGGUGGCGAUGGCCACGGGCACUCUCACAGCCACGGCCACUCUCACGGCAGCCACAGCCACUCUCACAGUGUGCCCAGUGCAUCCAUCACUGCCACCAGCCAUUCUCACAACCAUUCGCACGGCGAGAGCCAGGGCCACUCGCACGGCAAUGGGCACGGGCAUUCCCACGGUUUUGGUCUGGACCAGGACUGUAGCAGUGAAGAAAAGCUUGGUCCCGGUCCAAGGAGCCAGAUUAUGCAAGGAGUGUUUCUGCACAUCCUGGCAGACACUCUCGGCAGCGUGGGUGUCAUAGUUUCGGCCAUCUUGAUGAGCCAGUUCGGCUGGCUCAUUGCCGACCCCAUCUGUUCCAUGUUCAUCGCAACCCUCAUCGGUGUCAGCGUACUACCCCUGCUGCGGGAUUCAAUCUACGUGCUCAUGCAGAGGACUCCCAAAGAGCUGGACGCUGUUCUUCCAGGUUGUUACCAAAGGGUGAUGCAGCUUGAAGGAGUGUACAGCGUUCAGGAGCCCCACUUCUGGACCCUGUGCAGCGACGUCUUCAUCGGCACGCUGAAGAUUGAGGUGGCCAAGGGAGCGGACACUAGUUAUCUCCUCAGCUGCACCCAUAGCAUCUUCACCCAGGCGGGCGUAAAACAGCUCUACGUGCAAAUAGACUAUGCGCCAAUGUGAUUCUCAAGGGGGACCAACAAUUGACCCUCUUCAUUUUCCAAGAACUGUGCAUCGAGCGAAGGAAAGAAAAAAGUGUUAGUAUUAUAUACAAACGUGCUCAUAUGGAGGCGUCCUUUUUCUACACUGUACAGCUUGUCUUCAUGCGUGAUGUUUGAUGCAAUUUGUUCUUCCAUCGCUAUGUCCAUAUAAAGAAAUUCCAAGCGACGGGAAUCAUGCAUAUAAA